CUGCAACCCGAGGGGAGUCAGAAAGUGCUGGUGCUGAACUUUAACCAGGAGCUCUUCUCUGAGCAACCCGACUGGACCCCCGUGAACAGUGUUGGCACAGCGAAGCUGCAGCAGGAGGAGGGGGAUGACUGGAACCACGGUUCGAAAACGCUAUGUGAUGUCGUUCUUAUGGUUCAAGAAAGAAAGAUCCCAGCUCACCGUGUUGUGCUUGCUUCAGCCAGUCAUUUUUUUAACUUAAUGUUUACUACAAAUAUGCUUGAAUCAAAGUCCUUUGAAGUGGAGCUAAAAGAUGCAGAACCUGACAUUAUUGAACAGCUUGUGGAGUUUGCUUAUACUGCAAGAAUCUCAGUUAACAGCAAUAAUGUCCAGUCUUUACUAGAUGCAGCAAACCAAUAUCAAAUUGAACCUGUGAAAAAAAUGUGUGUGGACUUUUUAAAGGAACAAGUUGAUGCUUCCAAUUGUCUUGGUAUAAGUGUGUUAGCAGAAUGCCUAGACUGUCCAGAACUGAAAGCCACUGCAGAUGAUUUUAUCCAUCAGCAUUUCACUGAAGUUUACAAGACAGAUGAAUUUCUUCAGCUUGACGUUAAGCGUGUGACACACCUCUUGAACCAAGAUACAUUGACAGUGAGGGCAGAAGACCAG